AUGGCAACAGGCGUACUGUGCGACAAGAAAGUUCCUAUUCGACUGAAGUCGAAGAUCUACAGAACGGUUGUGCGUCUUGUUGCUCUUUACGAAUGCGAGUGCUGGCCGACGACGAAGGCCUUGGAAAGAGUUUUGCACGCCAUGGAGAUGCGGUGGCGAGAGGAAGAUUCUGUUGCCAAAACCGCACUGAAGCUCGACGUUUCAGGAGUGAGGCCGCGUGGGAGGCCAAAGAUUCGCUGGUUAGACUGUGUGAAGCUGGAUAUGAUAGAUGCGCGUUUAUGUGCGGCUGAUGCAAUGGAUAGAACCAAAUGGAAGACAAGAAGCAGAAAGGCGGACCCUGCAACAACGCGGGACAAACGCUGGGAAGAAGAAGAUUUGUUUGUUAAUUAUAUCUUGAGGAAUAGUGAGGUGCUCGACAGAGUAGAUUACAACUGCGUUUGA